GCUCGGAGCUAUCCGACGCCAUCCGCAAGCGCGCCGGCUUGCAGAGCGACGUCCACGGUGUUUUCGAGGACGACGGAGAGGAGCAGUGCUGCGAUGACCUCGUCCAGAGCAUCACCCGGCGGCUUCGCACCACAGCUAACCAGAAGGCGGAGUUGGAUGAUCUGCUGACGCAGAAGCGCGGGCCAAUUACUAUUGCUUUGGCAAGGCGACCGCCCAUGAGCAGGCAAGAGCACCAGAUGCUUAUGUGGGAGUUGCUGCUACAGGAGGCAAGCAGCACUAUCGCGACAACUGCUUGGUGGACGCGCUGCGUGCGCUUGGGUUUAAGGCACACCAUCGGCCCUAUGCCGGACCUGAACAACAACAUUGUGCCCGGAAAGUACAUUCUCUACCGAGCACAACAUUUCGUCGGCAUGCGUGUUCAUUCUGACGGAUCUUGUUCUGUCAGUUGCAGCCAUCGAGCACAUGAAUCUGUCGUCGCCAGCCUCUGCGACCUGGAUCUCACUCAAUACGAUCACAUGUUCAAGAUCACGCGUGUGUCCUGUGAAAACGAGACCACCCCGUUUGACUUGAAUAUUUCGCAGGAAACUGUGAACGGACUCACUGGAGGCGAUGUUAGUGGUGGCAAACAUGUAGCAGUCUCGGCGGUUGAGUUUCUUCACGCGCUAAGCAACCCGGAGCUGUGGCACGAUGCUGCAGAAAACUUACUUUCUGAAGAUGAAGAUGAAGACCGUCGGCCUGUGCUCACCGACUCGAUGUCCGACACUUCUAGCGAAGAAGGUUUCUGGGACGACAGACCUGACUGGUAUGAGCGUGCCGUGGCCCUCCGUGAAGCCAGGCUGCUGGCCGAAGACUGUGUCGGAGGUUCGGAUGAAGCCUUGGUGCAAACACAUCCUUCAGCAAAAGAACUUUCGUCUGACAUCUUGAGAAUCAUUCCAGGUUUUUUCGAUGAGUACGAUGAAAUCCAUAACCUGGCAUGUUGCAGUCGGGAGCUGCGAUCUGUCGUGCUCGACAAAAGCUACUGGCGGGGCACACACAUAGAUCUUGUUGGGUCCCCCCUCGCAAAUGCUCCACAAGCAGUCAGCAACGCGGCCAAGCUCUUUCAGCAGGCCGCUUCUCUCACGAUGGAGAUUGGACAGCUGGCCUGUGUGCAAGAUCUCCCACGCCAGGCCAUCGUUCACUGGUAUCCGCAGGAGCUCGACAUCCCCGGGAACAACGUCCGCGGUUGGGCAAGCACUCAUUCGCUCUUCGGGGCGGUAAGAUUUUCGUUGACCGUGCCACGCACCGUGACCGCUAUCUACAUUGGUGCCAAGGCGACAGCAAACAAGCGAAGGUCUUACAUGAAGAUUGCCGCUCCUUACCACACUUCUUGUCAACUGUCUGUGGGAUACAGCGGAUCACCUCCGCAUGAGUUUCCAUCGAACAUGGUCAACCGUUUGCUGGCUCCUCCGGGCGCCGCCAAUGAGUUUAUGUUCUUGUGGUCCAACAGUCGAUUGCAGCUGUAUUUGAACAGGCAAAAGAUCGGCACAGCUCACCUUGUCGAAGGUUUUCCUGAGAUGCCGGGAGCAUUUUCUUCAGUGUUUGUUUGGGUGAUCUCAAAUUCAGUCGCCGCUGAGCAGCCUACCUUCAGUGCUCUGCUGUCACCCAUUGAUCCUUGCACUUUGGUGAGGUGCGACUGCUGUGGCCAUCAGGAAGCACUGACAGCAUCUCGCCGCGACUUCAUUGGUGGGUCUUUCAACAGUGAAAAGCGCAAGGGCAUGGGACGACAUGCAUCCAACACUGAGCAUGGCCCAGUGGAGAUACAGGGCGGUUCUUUGCCGCUAGAAGUGCUACUUGAUCUUCCGGUACACUUCUUUUCUCCGGGGUAUCUCCGGUCGCUCGCCCUCGUCUGCAAGACGGUUCUUCGCUCAGUCCGAUGUGCAAACCGAUGGAAGCAUCGACAUUUGUCUAUCUGCGGCGAAGAGUUCAUGAAUGAGGAUAUUCUGCAUCGCGUGCAACGUUUCCACACACUGGCCGAUGUCCUACACAUGCAAAUUCUCCACGCGGCGCUAUUCCGCUCCUUGCCAACCAAUGCGUUGCUGGUAUGGGAAGUUCAAGCGACGACCCGAUUAUUUCGCGAGAACGUGGAGGUUGCAGAGUUCCGCUCGACGCCCUUCGACCAGGUUCCACUGGGUCAUAUAGGCUUCAACACCUCUCUUCGUCUUCCUCCGCAUCCAGGUAGAGCGCAGUACGGACUGGUGCCUGACUCUUUCAAUCGCAUCGAUUUGAAAUGGAACGAGAACUGCUACGUGGUGAAUGUGAAUGGCGUCGCCUGUUACACUGCAAGUGUUGCAAAUCUUUUCGCCCGAGUGACUCCUUCCCUGGCGCAGCUUCGUGUUGAAGUCUACCGUUCAAGAACCGAAGGUGUCAGUCGGUCUGUUUUGAAAGCACUACCCAGCGUGAUGCAAGUGAAGACCGAAAUCAAAUGUGAAAUCUGUGAGCAGGGAUAUCCGUUGGGUCAGCCGAGAUGGUCCGUGUGUCCAACCUGCUGCACAUGGGUGUGCCGGAAUCAUGUGCGGAGAUCACCUUUGCGUGUUUGCAAUAACUGUCCUGGAUACUUGGCUGACUAUCUGGGAGGAAGCUCAUCUUCCGCCAACACCGUGCUCACACAGGAGUCAGUGGCUGUUACGGCAGCUCAAAGGAAGCGGCUUGUCGAGUCCAGGCUAGAAGCGUGCAAGCGAAAAGCAAGUCAAUUGGCUUUGCUGGAUGGCUUCAUGCCCAGACUCCGACAGCCAGACUCGUUGACUUUUACGACUGCACCAAUGGCUUUCAACCCGGAGACUGCGCCGGACGUGGAUGUGCUGAAGCUCUCGCACGCACACCCGAGGGACUUCAGAAUUCGGUUUCAGGCGUCAGAUCACACCUACUACAUCGAUGGGGUGCAGACAAAGGGCUCUGUCACCGGAAUGAUUCACGCCUUUUCUCAACCGUUCGAUGCGGAUGCGGUUAUCACCAAGAUGAUGAGCGGCAGGAAUUGGCCUCGGGCAGGUUAUCUCAAAGGUGAGGUUUCGUUGACGUGGAUGAGCCGGCUUAGUGUUUACUGUCCAGAAAUUUUGCACUUGUAUGCCGGCAGCCCGAGAGAUGAUGUUCGCAUUAGCAAGGCUCUCCGAGAGAUCGCCAGCUACCAUGACAUCGAAGACGAACUUGCGCAGCUGACGUUGCCUCGUGAUGCCAUCAAAACCAUGUGGAACAUUGCUGGGCGAGAGGCAGCACACCAGGGCACUCACAUGCACUAUCUCUUCGAAGCCCUCCUCAACGGUCACUCGGUGCCUGCCGUCUCCCCAGAGGUUCGGAUGCUGCAAGCCUUCUUACACAACGCUGCAGCAAAUUCAAAAGCCUGGCGGACUGAGUGGACCAUCUUCGGCGACGUUGAGAGAAUUGCUGGCUCCAUCGAUUUUUGUAUGCAGCUACCUGAUGGAAGUAUGAUGCUGGUCGACUGGAAACGUACCUCUGGUUUGCCCGGCAAGUACCACUCAUACCAGGCCAUGCGAUCACCGAUCUCUCACAUCGCAGACUGUGCAGGGAUGCACUACAGACUACAGUUGAACGUUUACCGACAUCUGUUGGAGAAGUAUUACAACCUGAGAGUUUCACGCAUGAUGGUAGUUUGCUGUCACCCUGAACACUAUCCGAAGGCCUUUGUAGACGAUGUCCCCAGACUUGAGAAAGAAACCGAGGACCUGCUGCAUGCUUGGUGUGACGUUAGCGGAGGUAGCGAUGCGCAACUCCCAAACACUCUGGCCAAGGCUAUACGAGAAUAUGUGAUGCCGCGUGACAUCCUCUUGUUGCGGCGAAAAGGAUGCACCACCGCUGAUUUGGACCGCUGCUCGAAGCGGCUCUUCGCCCAGAUUGUUCUCCUGCUAAAGUUGAUCCCGCAUGCAGACGUUGUGGACUUCUCUCUUUGGCCGUCUCCUUUUGACGCUAGCAUCAGCAAGAGAUGCUGGGAGAGAUGGUGUCGUGACAUGCGGAGUGCUAUCAGGAUCGUGAACGGCGAAGCUGACGUGGUGAAGAACAGCUGUCUGGAAACUGUCUCCAGCAAUCGAUGCGCGGAUGUUGAAGGAGGAUCUAUUUCCGAGUCAGACGUGAAAGAUCGCCAAGAGCACCGUCUCAGAGUUGCACUCCUGGUUUCGGACGUGGAGCAUCCCUCACAAACAGAGCAGUCCCAGCGUGAGUGGGUGCACGGUCUCAUCGCUUUUCUCAUCGAGCACGUCUUUCCGAUCGGACGACAUGGCAAGCGUGAUAUGAUAAAGAAGUUCCAGGGUGAUGAUGCAUUUGGACAUGUUUCUUCCAAGUCGCAAGCGACUGAAGCGGUUGAGUUGGGUGUUGUGGAUGUAUGUGGGGGUGCCUCACAAGCAAGUCUCAUGCCAGCAGUCGGUAGUCGUCCGGACGAGGAGGAUGCGAUGGACAUCGCGGAAUCAGCUCCUGAGCAAGAUGAUGCUUCCUCAGCAGAAGACCCUGAGCCGAGAAUCACACAGGACCUGGAAGAAAUGCUGCAGAUUCAGGAAACAGAAGACAAACAAGCGGCUGAUGCGCUGGGAUUUGCGCGCAAAAGGAGAUUGUUGCCAGGAGCCGAUACCACAGCAUCACAGUUUGCAGCCGCCUUUGCUGCCAUGCGUGAUUGUGCUGACAACUCCUUCGCGAACGUCCAGCGCAUGCACCUGGCGCAUGAGCUUAGUAUACCGGAGCAAGUCAGGCGACUGCGCAACCAGAUUCUGCAGCAGUUUCCAGAGCUGAACGAGCAGGUCCUGCGCGUGGCCAUUGGCGCUUUGUCUGUGUAUCGUCUCAGGCUCACGGACAUGCACGUCAGGGAAAUGGUGUUGCUGCUGUGGGUCGUGGAAGGAGACACUCACAUGCGGUGUCACAACGGAAAUUUGUAUUUUUUCCACUCGGGCGCCUUUGCGAUCCAUCGCGGCAUUCCACCGCAGGGCACACUGGCAAGAUGCAAAAGAUUCUUUCUGCAUCUGGAAGGCUUCUUUCGCCUGAUGGCAAAUGCACAGCUGAUGACUGACGACAAUGUUCUGGGCCAGAUGCAACGCUUGCUUUCGGACAACAACGACUCGGCGCAGCAGUUUUUGAAUAGCUGCGAAGAUGCGGCACGUGGACAU